AUGUCCGACUCGCGCCAGAUGCCGCUACUAGCGGACGACGGGGCGAGCGGCGCAGGAGCUGGCGGAGUGAACAGUAGCAACCUGAUCGGCGGAUUGUACGGCGGGCUGAACGGGAGUUUCAAGAUGGGUGGAGGCAGGUGGCGGUACCUGGCGGGAGUGAGCCUUCUGGUCGCGCUAGCGCUCUUCGCCCCGCUCGCCUACCAGAUGUGGCAACCCAGCAGCGACGUCUCCUUGAUCCCCUCGCAGUGGCAAGGCGUCAUGCGCCUUUCCACCGCGCCAACUGGCACCGACGCCUGGAGCUCGCUCAUAUUCUCCGCCGCUAAUCCCUCCGGCCGCGCCGCCGCCCUUGGCGGGGAGGCCGCCAGCGGAGAGCCGUGGGAUGCGAUGGAGGUGGAGGCAUCUGAAGGGCUGUUUCUCGCCGGCGCCGCUGCCGUCAUGCCGUCACCUGAUGACGUGUUUUUGGCAUCCGAUGAUGUCAGCCCGCCAGCUGACAACGAAGGCUCGACUGGCGAAGAUCAGAGCGUUCCGUCGAACGAUAAAGGGGAUGGCGAGAGACCUACUAACGAGACGUCUAAUACAGGAGACAUUGAAACUGUCGUUGCGCUUGAAGCCACCGCGGUUACCAGCGAAAUUGCUGACAGCGGGGAUGGGAUGCGCGGGACAGCAAAGGAGGCGGAAAAUCGGCGGAACGAAUCCGGCGCAUCAGCGGCGGACAUGCUGCGGGGAUCUCCCCGCGCGGAUGCGCCACCCGCGGGGGCAGCGGACGGGAAAGAGCUGGGGGGGAACAGUGGCGGGGGAAGGCGGAGAGGGAAGCCGUGGGAGGAGCGGAUGGGGUUUGACGCGGCGCUUCCGCGCGCGACGGUGAAGCUGCUGCGGAGAAUGACGAAAGCGGGCCUGCCGAUUCCGCGCGACCCGUGGCUGUGCGCGACGCGGGCUGCAGACGUGGAAGGAUACACGCGGCCUUCAGAGGAGGUGAGCGGGCAGUACGUGUUCCGCGGCAGCACGGUGGACCGGGCGGACUGCCGCCUCUUCUACGCCGCGCUCACCACGCCCUCGCCCUUCAACGCCACAUUCUCCACCCUCUCGCGCUCCGACCCCCUCCCCCUCCCCCCAUCCUCCGCCCCCGCCUCCGCCUCCUCCCCCUCCGCCUCCGCCGCGGCUCCCCCGAUCCCCAAGAUCGCCUUCCUCUUCCUCACGCGCGGGCCCCUCCCCCUGGCGCCGCUGUGGGAGCGCUUCUUCCGCAACCACUCGGCGUACUUCACCGCGUACAUGCACGCCGCCACGCCUGGGUACCGCGUGGAGCCCUGGGUGCGGAAAAACCUGCGCGCCGUGCCCAGCAAGCCCGUGUUCUGGGGAACUCUCAGCAUUGUCGAGGCGAUCAAGAGGCUCAUCGCCACGGCUCUCCUGGACCCGCACAACGUGCGGUUUGUGGUGGUGAGCGAGAGGGACGUGCCGCUGCACGGCUUCCCCACGGUGUACCGCUACCUGCUGGCGUCCAACCAGUCGUACGUGGGCGGUUACCGCAAGUUCUUCCGCGACAACAAGGCCGCCAUCAAGGUCUUCCCGCGUCAGCUUGUGCUCGACGGAUGGAUGCACGGCGAGUGCUGGGUCGAGAUGGCCAGACCGCAUGCAAUGGAGGUGGUGCGGGACUGGGAGUGGCACGAGAAGGGCCGCAACUACUGCGCGGUGAUGCAGCGCCCCACAUGCUGUGUGGACGAGAACCUGAUCCACAACAUCAUCACCUCCAAGCACCCCCACCAAGUCGCCAACCGCAGCGUCAUGAGCGUCGACUGGCAACGCAAAACAGGCCACCCACACACGUACCUCCCUCGGGACAUUUCCCCUGAGUCGAUUCGGAGCAUUCAGGAGGAGUGGCAUGAGAACCAGAAGCGGCCCUACUCGCAGCCCAUGUUUCUGCUGCCCAAGGAGUCACAGCAGUUUGUCAUGUCCAACCGGCGAUCACCUUCUCCGACUGUCGCACCGCAUCCUGACGAGGACAAGCCGCACGGUCCCUUGACACAACCCCGCGGAUGUUGGAAGAAAUGCAACAAGCUUAAGCUGGGGUACUUCAUCAACAAAUUAACCGACACAAGGGCGUCGGGACCGCAAAACAUUCUCGGGAACUACAACUAUGAGCGCUACGUUCUCGACCCUGCGGCCGCAACCGUCUUAGGCUCCUUGGAGACAUCCGGGCACGGUAGCGAGCUAGUGGAAUGCUGUCAGAAGUGCGCCAAGCAGGUUGGCUGCAGGUUCUGGCACCUGAAACCUCCAAUGAAUGGCCAGCUUGGCCAAUGCACGUUGCUGGGUUCUUUGGCUGGCAUUACCGUGCGGAACUGGGACGUACCCAUCGUACCAACGUUCCUGGGCGGAGAGUGCAACCCCCUUGCCAACACGGACGAUGACCCGCACUUCCGGGGCGCGGACGGCACCCGCUACGACUUCAACGGCCUUCUCGACCGCUCCUUUUGCUUGGUUUCCGACCGUCGGAUCCACGUCAACAUGGGAAUCAAGGGUUACCAGCCCGUCGCGAAUCUUCCCGGCACGGCGACAUCAUUGGAUGAAGAGUCGCUCGCUGCAGCGGUGGAAGCGGCGGCCAAUGAGAAGAAGCCACGUCAUAUCAGGCAGCUGGAGGAGGAGCGACUGAGCGCGGAGGAACUGAGCGAGCUGGAUAGAAUGCGGGCCAAUGGGAGCCUGCCGUUGACUGAUGAGGUAGUGGCGGCGCUUGACAGGGAGACGGGUCGCAGCAGCGAAGAAGGCGGCGAGAGUGGAAGGAAGCAGGAUUCAAUUCAGUAUUCGAAGCAUGAGCUGAAGGCGAGGCUUUUGAAGGGAAAGCCAGUUCGCAGCUGGAUCAGGGAGCUCCAAGUGAUGUGGCGCGACGAGACUGGCGCGCAGCACUCGGCGUUCUUCAAGGCUCGCGACGGCAAGGAGCAAGGGAGGGGCAGCAGCGGGUUCAUCGACCGACUGGAGCUCGACGGCUCGCCCGUGGCUCCGCCUCUGUCUGAAGGCUCUUCCGUCGUUGGCAGCGGCGGGUUCAAGCUGCUUCUGGCGGAAACGAAGAGCUGCAAGGGGAAGGACGAGGACGAGUUUCAUCUCACGAUCGACGGCCUGGUGGACAUGGGCAUUUCUGCGCGUCUGGCGCAUCCGCUCAUGCAGACAGCCUCGGAGGCCCAGGCGCAUUUCAACGUGCACAUCGCUCGUCUCAAUCACACGAGCGGCAUUCACGGCGUGCUGGGUCAGACCUUCCGAGAGGAGGAGUCCCGCAAGGUGCGCUCGCUGCGGUACCGCCUGCUGACCCGCCUGCUGCGCGAGCCGGUGGAGGUGGAGAGCGAGAGUGGCAGGGGAUUCCUGGAUGGGCGCACGGAGGACUAUAUCACCUCGGAUAUUCACUCCGCGGAUUGCAUGUACGCCGCUGCGUGGCGAAGGGGGGAACACGAGAGCAGUGAAGGAAGCGAUUUCAUGUGA